UUUCACUUUCACCAAAGUUUGAAACUUUUUAGAUCCCUUUUUCCAAAUAACACGCACGAACGAAUUCUUUAAUGUUUCUUGCCAAAUAAAAUCUGCAUUUAUGAUUCAAAGCCAUAAUAUGACUGUGAUUGAUUUCCUGAGCAAGACAUUGUUGUUAAAUCACUUCUCUUUCUGACUAUUUAUAGCUUCGCAUGUGCGGGUGAGUCAACUCACUCGACUCGCCAUGGGCUGCUGCGUAUCCAAGGGGUAUCCCCCGCGCGCGCCGUACAUGGAUCAGCAGCGACGCUCCUCCUCCGUCAACGGAGCUUCCGCCGCCGGAUUCGCGGAGUUCUCGCUGGCCGAGCUGAAGGCCGCCACCGCCAACUUCAGCUCCGAAAAAAUCGUCUCCGAGAGCGGCGAGAAAGCGCCCAAUGUCGUCUACGAAGGCCGCCUGCAGAACCAGCGCUGGAUCGCUGUGAAGAAGUUUACCAAAAUGGCGUGGCCUGAUCCUAAACAGUUCGCCGAGGAAGCGAAGGAAGUGGGGAAGCUGAGGCAUAAGAGGCUGGCUAAUCUGAUAGGUUAUUGUUGCGAUGGGGAUGAGAGGUUGCUCGUUGCCGAAUUUAUGCCAAAUGAGACUCUCGCUAAGCAUUUAUUUCACUGGGAAAAUCAAACUCCUGAGUGGGCUAUGCGUUUGAGAGUUGCUCUUUAUAUUGCGGAAGCACUUGAUUAUUGCACCAGGGAAGGUCGCCCCUUAUACCAUGACUUAAAUGCUUACAGGGUUCUCUUUGACGAGAAUGGAGAUCCGCGGCUUUCCUGUUUUGGAUUGAUGAAGAAUAGCAGGGAUGGUAAAAGUUAUAGCACAAAUCUUGCGUAUACACCUCCUGAAUAUCUAAGAAAUGGGAGGGUCACCCCGGAAAGUGUUGUUUUCAGCUUUGGAACUGCUCUUCUGGAUCUUCUCAGUGGAAAGCAUAUUCCUCCAAGUCAUGCACUUGAUAUGAUACGGGGAAAGAAUAUUCUUCUCCUAAUGGAUUCCCAUUUAGAGGGGAAUUUUUCAACUGAAGAGGCCACUGUUGUUUUUGAUCUUGCUUCACAGUGUUUGCAGUAUGAGCCAAGGGAGAGGCCAAACGCACAAGACCUUGUUUCUACACUUGCCCCUUUGCAAAAUAAGAAUGAUGUUCCAUCUUAUAUGAUGUUGGGCGUUCCAAAGCGUGAAGAGACACCAUCUCCACCGCCUCACCCACUCUCUCCAGUGGGUGAUGCUUGUUCGCGUAUGGAUCUCACUGCUAUUCAUCAGUUUUUGGUGAUGCAGCAUUACAAGGAUGAUGAGGGAACCAAUGAGUUGUCUUUUCAAGAAUGGACUCAACAAAUGAGAGAUAUGUUGGACGCUAGGAAAAGUGGGGACUUGGCAUUCCGAGACAAAGAGUUCAAAACUGCUAUUGAUUGCUAUUCUCAGUUCAUUGAUGUGGGCACGAUGAUUUCACCAACUGUCCAUGCACGAAGAAGUCUUUGUUAUCUCAUGUGUGAUCAGCCAGAUGCUGCCCUUCGCGAUGCAAUGCAAGCUCAAUGUAUCUACCCAGAUUGGUCAACAGCCUUUUACAUGCAGGCUGUGGCCCUUGCCAAGCUCGACAUGCACAAGGACGCAGGUGACAUGUUGAAUGAGGCUGCCUUGCUCGAAGAAAAGAAGCAACGAGGUGGGAAGUGAUCAUGAUGACCCAUCAAUAGUCAUGGCAUGACUGCUGUAAUCACAAAAUUGCACAGUUUGUAUGGUUUGGUAUGUGAUUGUGAUUGUGAUUGUAGUUCAGAGAUUACAAUAUGGAGAGGGUGGGAACAUGCAUUCGCUUGAACAGAGAUGUUCUUGCUUAUUUUUUGUACAACUCAUAUGUUGAAUAAUAUUUAUCUGUAUCAUCAAUGUUUAAAAUUGGUGUAUACUAGACAUACUAGUACAAGUUUUGGGUAUGAAAUAUUUUGUAUGAACAAUGUAAUUACCCUUACAUAAUCAGCCAAAAUAUUUUAUUUGUAGUA